AUGAUCGUCGGCUCGAGACGGUGCAUUCGGUGCCAUCCAGUCAUCGAUCGUCGUACCCGCCCGCCCCCAACCACCACCUCCGCCCCCGCAAUCACGACCACGACCCCCUGUAUGCGCAUACUUGAUGAUGGGAAUGGACACGGGUCGUCCUGUUCGACCCAUAGUCACGGAGCCGGAAUUGUGUGGCGACGGUUCCCGGGCAACCUCAAAAUCCUGUCUAACAUUCCACUACUAGAAGGAAUAUCUAUGUUAGAAGACAAGUUGGAGGCAGAUAAGGAAUGGCCGAUACCUGAGAAUGUCAAGGCAGUACAGGCAUUCCUCGGAUUUGUAAACUUCUAUCGCCGCUUCAUUGACGGCUUUAGCAAGGUUUGCAAACUAUUAACUGAUCUCUUGCAGAAAGACAAGAAAUGGUAUUGGACGGCAGCACAUGAGCAAGCCUUUGAAGAACUCAACAGGCUGUUCACAAGCACUCCAAUCCUUCUUCAUUUUGACCCUAGUAGGAGAACGGUGGUCGAAACAGAUGCCAGUGAUUUCGUCAAGGGGGCAUUCUCCCCUGCUGAGAUCAACUAUGAUAUUCAUCAUAAGGAAAUGGGAGCUAUUGUAGCCUCUUUCUGGGAAUGGAAACACAUGUUCAAAUCUCGCGAGCAGGAGAUCACGGUUUUUACACACCACAAGAACUUGGAGUACUUUAAUUCUACCAAGGUUCUUACUAGGCGGCCAGGUCAAUUGGUUUUGGAUCCUGCAAAGCUAGUGGUUGUCAGGGUGAAUCAAUUGCAGAAUACAUUUUUAGAGUGCCUAUAUGCGGCUGUUAAAGAGGAUAGUUUCUGGCAGGAACUACACCGCUCCCUGAUUGAAAGGAAAUCAAAUUUGGACCAGAACUUGUCGGUCAAGAACGGUCUCAUCUUCUACAAGAAUAGAUGGUAUAUACCCAAAGACAAGAAGCUUUAG